AAUAUAAAGUGAAAAAACAAAUAUAUACGCGUAUAUACAAAAAAUGAGAAUAUAAUAGAACACAGCCCCUUUUCUGUUCUUCUGUGACCAUUUCUCAGUGGCAACAACACAAAUUACAUGGAAAAUUUGCCUUUUUAAUUAAUUUUCAUUGAUUGCGAUUCAAAUUGAUUAAGGAAAAAAGAAAUUCCAGAAUACAUCAACAAUGCACAUUGUUUUUCAUCAAAUGGUAACAGAUUGGUUCAAUGUAUGACAUAUAUGUAUUUGAGCCUCUAAAGGAAAACAGUAUUGAUUUUGUCUAGAAUGAAUGAUUCAAGUAGUAUGAAUGUUUUCAACACAGGAGAUUUAUUAACAAGCGCCAAGGAAAUGACUACUUGUUUUAAAACAGAACCUCCUGAUACUGAAGAUGAUGAAUCAAAGCUAGGCACAGAAAGUUCAAGUGAAUAUGAAAACACCAACACAAAAGUUAAAAUUGAAAAAGAAUGGCCAGAACUUGAAAGUACACUUUCUAGUGAAGGACCCCAAGCAAAUGACUCAAAGAUCAUUAAGUUAGAAGGAAAUACAACACAAUAUCGAUGUGGCAUAUGCGAGUUUAUCAGCGAUACUUUUUAUGAAAUGAGGGAACAUAAGAAGUUGCAUAAUAUUGAAAAGAGAACUUGUGCUAUGUGUGGAAUGGUAUGCCAGAGUAUAGGUAAAUUAGAGGUGCACCAAAAUGCACAUUUUGGGAUCAAACCGUGUGUUUGUGAUCAAUGUGGAAAGUCUUACAGUUCUUCAACACAGCUGAAAAUUCAUAAAAGGAUUCAUACUGAUGAGAAGAGAUAUAAAUGUAAUCAAUGUGAUGAAGCAUUCCGAUAUAAUGGUACAUUGAGGAGUCACAUAAGAAUGACUCACACAAAAAUUUUAUUGACCACUUGUAAAGUGUGUUCAAGAUAUUGUGAAACUCAAGAAGAUCUCAAGGAACACAUGAGAACGGUACAUCCAAAAGAAAAGAAAUCAAUUAACUGCCAACUAUGUCAAAAGACUUUCAAAAGUGAACAGUUACUAUCUUGUCAUUUAAAGGUCCAUACAGAAUUGAAAUUUCCUUGCGAGUUUUGUCAAAGAAUCUAUCCAACAUUGUAUAGGUUGAAGAAACACGUCGGACGAGCACACAUUCCCAAUGUUUGCGAGUGUAAACAAGUAUUUUAUGACCGAUCUGAGUUUACCAAGCACAACAAAGAAUUCCAUAAAACAGAGGAGCCAACACAUUGUCAGUAUUGCAAUAAAAACUUCGAUAAACCGAAGAACUUGACUGAACACAUCAGACUUCAGCAUAGGGCUAAUGGGAAAGUUAAUAAGUGUAAAAUAUGUGAAAAGGAAUUCAUUAAUGCUUCCUUGUUGAGGAACCAUGUGAAAAUUCAUGUUAAGAGUUUCAAAUGUGAAUAUUGUGAUAAGAUAUUCGGUUCGAGGUACAAUUUGCAGAUUCAUCUGGUGGUUCACACUAAAGAGAGAAAAUUUCAAUGCGAUGAAUGCGGUAACUAUUACGGAACCAAGACCGCCCUGAAAAACCAUAAGUUCACCCACUUAGAGGUGAAAAACUUCACGUGUGAUAUUUGCAACAAGAAAUUCAAGAGCAACCAUAGGCUGUAUGCUCAUAAAUCGUUGCACGAAGCUGAAAAGAAACAUGAAUGUGAGAUAUGUCACGCAAAGUUCACAAUCAAACAAUAUUUGAAUUUCCACAUGAAAAAACAUUCUAAAGAGAAACCGUUCGAGUGCAAACCAUGUCAGAGGAAGUUUAAACAUAAGAGAUCAUUCGAGAAGCACUGCCUCCUUCAAAGACACAAAAACGCGGUCAGGACUUGGGUCAGAGAGGGGGAUUCUGACGAUUCGGAGAAAAAUUCCUCGAUGAUGGAUUGCUCGGAAAACGGACAGGACGAAACAACAAAUGAUUGGACAUCUAGCACGGAAUCGAAUCAGAUGGGUUUUGAGGAAGUGAAACUUGAAGUUAAAGUAGAACCCAAAAAUGUAGAUUGAAGUGUUUUAGUAAAGGUUUUUUUGUGGAAUAGCCAGCACACAAGGUAUGACGAAAAUGGUGUAGAUUUUUUUAUAUGAGUUCUGGAUAUGUAUUGUUGAGAUUAAUUGCCAAAAUUCGAGUUACAUUGUAAGGAAUGAAUAAUAUAUCAUUAGAGUAA